UUCCGGUUUCUGACCUGGACUUGGGCGGUAACUUGACACAGUUGCUAUGAGACAAAUGAAGUUCGUACUCCUCAGCUGGCUAUGGCGGAUGUUGUUGAAAAUGACAGCAUGAAGAAUUAUCAUCUAGCGUCAGAAAAAGUGGCCCCGGAGAUCAGCCGCUUUCCCCACUGCAUCGUGUGGACGCCCAUCCCCGUGCUGUCAUGGCUGUUUCCUUUCAUUGGUCACAUGGGAAUCUGCACUUCCACCGGAGUCAUCCGGGACUUUGCUGGACCGUACUUCGUCUCAGAAGACAACAUGGCUUUUGGGAGACCCACAAAGUACUGGAUGCUUGACGUGAGUAAAGUCUACGCCAGCGGCUCCAACGCCUGGGACACGGCCGUGCACGACGCCUCAGAGGAGUACAAGCACAGGAUGCACAACCUGUGCUGUGACAACUGUCACUCUCAUGUGGCCAUGGCUCUGAAUCUGAUGCGAUACGAGAACAGCACCUCAUGGAACAUGGUGAACCUCUGCCUUCUCUCAUUCAUCCGCGGAAAAUAUGUCGGCUGCGCAGGCGUCCUGAAGACCUGGCUGCCGUUCUUGUUGCUCGUGGGCAUCGUCCUCACAGUUGCUCUCGCCGUCAACAUCCGAUGACCCGGGGUCGGGUCAGGUGGGGUCAGGCGAGGCGGCGGACGCGACAUCCACACGAUCCGCCCCGCCCUCCACACUGUGGCGCCACGACCAAACACAAACCACCUUUUGAAGAACGCCAUCGCCGCGUCGAGCAACAGUAACCGAGGACCUGAAGCCUGCCUACCUCCGGGAGAGGACACAGGAAACGUGUUUAUUUUUAUUUUUUUUCUGACUGCAGUGCCGAAGCUAUUGUACCUCAACGAUUCAUAUCCAUUCACACAUAUGCAUUUUUAUGAAUUCCAGCUAUUGGACAUUUGACAAUAACAGCUUCACACUAAUUGUAAAGAAGUUCUGGCCUAGUAGAGUUCAUGCCUUGCUUUCAGACUGAUGGGGGGUGUUUACCUGAUAUCUUCAGUGCUUCCAGAAAGCCAUUUUUAUACUGGAGCACAAACGUCAUUAGCUGCCUUAUUGCAACUUUCUAGCAUUUCAUACUUGAUCUAAUGUAGCUCUUCCACAGCAACGUGAGCGUAUUUUCCUAUCUGUACACGACACACCGAGCAGUCGGCAUCUUCUGAGAGAGAUAUUUUCUUAAAGAUUCCUUGAACACGUCUAACCUCACGGUACUGUUUUCAACACCUCAUCGGUGUGACGAUUGUAGCGACCUUGGUGAAUGUGGCUGUGAUAGAUAUCUCUAGGGUGACCAUCCACAAUCCCACUGGGAUGUUUUCUUUCUGCUCAUUACUGAUUUUUCACACAGAAAUCAGUCAGUGCCUGAUUCAUGACCUGUAUCGCAGAUCUCUUCCACGGCGUGGCAUUUUCAGCGUUCUUUCUUUUUUUCUUUUCUUUUGCUAUUAAAUGUUCUCUCCUCAUAACGGUUGACACUACAAAUGCGUUGCUAUGGCUGUCGGAGUAGAGGGGGCAGACUCAGAUCCUGUCAUUGUUUGCAAACAGAGACAAAGGAGCGUGGAGCUCUCUCUCUCUCUCUCUGUUUCUCUCUCUCCCUCUCUCUCUGUCUCUCUCUCUCUCUCUCUCUGUCUCUCUGUCUCUCUCUCUCUUCCAGCAGCAGGUAGAAGGAUUCUCAGGUUUUUCACGCUCGCCAACCAUCGCUCAGUGUUUCAGCGAGCUCCGCCGCUUCCUGCUGCUUUCCCGGCUCAGCGGUUCAGAGCUGAAAGUCGCUGGGAAAUAUCCGCACCGCCUUUUUAAAGUUUAAAUUCAACCCAACCAACAUCCUGUAAAGGUCGUCUGCAGAUGUUGAGAGAGUACCUGUUUCUAAACAUUAUCUGGCUCGUAGGGCCAGAUAAUGACGGAGUAUUAGGGCCAGAAUACGUGAUUUUGUUUUUUUUCAUAACAAUUUGACAAUGAAGUCAUAUUAGUAGAAUAAAGAUGCAAUAUUAUCAGAAGGAAGUCUUAAAAUGACAAGAAAAAUGUUGUUUUUGGUUUCUUUGAAAUAGACUCAGUUUACACAAUUGUUUCAAAGUCCUGCUCCUGAUGAUAUUUUAAUGCUGAUGUGUUCAGACAUUAAAUAUGGCUUCUUUGUAUAUCUGAAUGCAAAGUAAAACUUCACAAGAUGCCCAACAUUGCUCAUUUUAAUUUUUUUUAUUUUUCCUCUAGGAGUUACCAUAACAUUACUACUUCAUUCUACUAAUAUAGCUUUAUUCAAAUAUUAUGAGUUUUAUUGUUUUGACUUUGUCAUACGAGAUUUGUCUAAUACUACAAUUUCUUUUCUUUGUCUUAUUACAACUUCAUGCUCACAUUCUGCCUUUUUGUCAUUUUUUUUAUUCCCAUAUCACUCUGGUUUGAUUGUCAUGAUUUUUUUUUUCUCGUAUUGUUACGACUUUUGUCUCAUAUUACAACUUUCUUCUCAGAAAAUUUAGACUUUAUUCUCACUUUAUUCUGGUAAUAUUGCAAAUCAAUUUUUGUGCUAUUCUGACUCGUUUUCAUAUUGCAACCAUAUUCUUGUAAUAUUCUAAAUUUGUGUUAUUGCAACAUUAUUCCUACAUUACUCCGACUUGCUGCCUUACGUCUUUGGUUUUGCAAUAUUGUGACUUUGUUCUCAUAUUAUGUGACUUUUUCUCAUAAUUAGCUAUUUUUUUCUGUGCCUGGCCCUAACACUCUGUCCUACAUUCAUGUGUACAAUUUGCCUCUCUUCCCUGUAAAUAGGGAAUGGGCACUAAAAUGCCCAUUUUAGCGGGCAUUUUGUAAAAACAUUAUCUUGACUUUUUAAAUCUUAGUCAUUUACACUAAAAUUGUACUUUGUAUUCCAUGUUUCCGUUUAACGUCUGCUGAGGGUUGCAGCAGAGCCGUGCCUAAAACAGACUGUGUGCUACUUUUUACAUAUUCUGUCAGGAAGACCAUGCACAUGUAUGGCUGCAUGUGUGUGUCGCUGCAUGUGUGUGUCGCAUGCAUGCAGGAAAAAGGUUUGAAACUGAAAGUCGUCUUUCGUAAUCGUCUCCGUCUCUUUGACCUUGUGAAAAGUAUUCACACCUCUUGAACCUUUCCAAAGUCCAAGCAGGAUCUUCAGGAUCUAUUGUAUGCAAUAGACAACACUAGAGAGGAGGAACACGGUGGUGGCAGCGUAGUGCUGCGGCGAGUCUUAUCAUUUGGUCUAUUCAAGGAGUCUGCAACCUUUAUAAACCAAACAACCGUUUUUACCCCCAGUCCAACUAAAUGAAACUCGUUUAUAGUCACAAAUGUUACGUAAUUAAUUAUUUAAACAGAAAAAAGUUUACCACACAAUGAUGAGGGAAAAUAAUUAAAUAUUACUGAUACUUCACUUAUUCUGUCUGCAAAAAAAGCCCCUAAAGUGCUCCAUUUGCAUUUGUGAUAUAUAUAUUUUUAAAAAAGUGUUGUUUUUUUUCCCCCACUUUUUUUAGCCAAAUUGUUGAGAGAAAUUAUGGAAGGUUAAAAAAACCCCCACAGGUUUCACCCCCUCUGCUCUAUCGAAUAACAUCCUAUUAAACGCAGCCUUUUAUGAUUUUAAUGUGAAAAAAAUGUGGAAAACGUUCAAGGUGUGCCAAUACUUUUGCAGAGCUUUUAAUUUAGUGCUGUAUAUUUCUCAUAGUUUCUUGCGGGUAUGGAAUAGCUAAUUAUCUUUAAUCAGAGUUGAUAACAAAUUUGAGUUAAUCAUCCCUGCUUAAGUCGAGACAGCAGUAAUGUUUCAUCAUCUGCAGCUGCAGACCGUCUCCAUUAGUGCUGCUUAGAUCAAAGCAGCAAAACAGAGGAAAUGACACGCUGUUGUAGAGUCCAUGUAGUCAAUUUCAGGAUUUUUUUUUUUAAAUGCGUUUGCCACACUUGCAUUUAUUAUGUUGCUUUAAGGCUGGCCAAUAAGUUGAUUUUUAUCGAUUUGAUUGAAUUUUCUGGUUUUGAAAAUGUAAUUUAUGGAAAAUCUUUCUUCACUUCGGGUUUCCAUCAUUCAGAGUGAUGUUUUUUGACAUGUUUUGCAACUUCUGUUUAUUUCAACUUUGAAUUAAAUAUUAAGGUUUUUUCUGCUUUUGUUUUUUUUGUAGAUAUUUUCAAGAUAUCUUCUGUUAUUUCUUUCUUUUUAUAUGUAUGUGGCAAAAAAAAAACAAAGGGGGAAAAAAUUUUAAUCGGAAAUCGAGUUUUGGAAUAAAAAGAUAAAAUCAUGUUUAUUUUUAAAUCAUAUCGCCCAGCACUACGUUAAUUACAAGAUCAUUUGGAAACCAGUUAAAAAUCUUUCCAAAUAUUUUCUGGACACUCUUAAGUUCUGAGACAUCUUGCUCUCAGGGUCAGGUAGUUUUGGGAAACAUUAUUGAAAGAAAUGUCACUUUUUAAAAAUAUCUAACACUUUCAUUUAUGCUUAAGUCAAAAUAUGGUUUCUUGUUUCUAUUAGCUGGAUUAGAAAAGAUGCUCAUUCGUUGCUAUUAGAGAAAAUAAAUAUCCAGCUCUUUUGAGACCGCCUUAUAACUGCCUGUCAUAUAGGAGCUUACUUGUGCAUAAAACAGAGGAGAGGUGGCUCCUUUGUAGGAAGUCCUGCACAGGAAUGCAGUACUGUGUGGAGAUCAAUGAAGCGGUCUUAGGUGUAGCCUGCUGUGGUGCCUUUCCGUAUCCAGGAGCCAGGUCCAGGAAUGUGGGGACCUGCUGUCCCGCCGUUCCAGUCUGCGGACAAAAGACAGUCAGGACGGCAUUACUAGUGCCGACAUUCACUGGUUACAUACUUAACACGGGUCUGUUGACUCAAACUCUUGUGUCGUUCCGAUCCUCCAGAUAUCUUUCUUGAUGCUGGGAAUUCUCCCAAAUUCAGAAAGUGACUGUGUGAACAACUGUAACCCCAAUAAAGAUGUCUAUUAUUCUUGCAA